ACUGCCUCAUGGUGGCGUAUUACCUGGUGGCCUUUUGCAACCUAGUGUGGGCCUUCUGCCUGGUCAGGCCUUUUUGUAAAUCCCACCUGGAAACCAGUUCUCAAGAAAACCAUAAGGCACAGGAGCAUGAGCAAAGAGGAGUACGAUGGCGGCACUCACGCACACGGUCCUCCUCUCCUCCAGGGGGCAGCCCAGAAGAGGAUGGCCAUGAGUCUACAGCCUGCUUUCCCUUCUCAGCUUCCCUUGCCAUCUCUCUCCAGCUGCAGUGGUUUCUGCACAUCCUCAUGGGCUCCUUCGCAUUCGUAGUCACCUUCCUCUACUGGGCCAUAAAUUACCCUGCAUCUCGUACCCCACUGUAUGCCCAUGACAUCAGCCUGCAUGGUGGUAACACUCUCCAGGUGCUGCUGGACUACGCCCUGGCUGCCACACCUGUCUGUCUCUCCCAUUAUCUGUUCCUACUUCUUGUCAAUGGUCUGUACAUCCUAUUUACCAUCAUCUAUUCACUGGCGGGCUUCACCAACCACAUCGGGAAGCCAUAUAUUUACAGUGUUCUGGACUUUGGAGGGCGCCCCCUGGUGGCAUCCAUGUUUGCACUGGGUAUUUGUCUCGGCCUCCUGCCCUUCUUCCACUUCCUGCUGUGGAACCUGCAUCUGUUGAGGAUGCACCUGGCUGCCUGCUUGAAGGGUGGGCGCCUGGCCCUCCAGAGGGAGGCGUGGUGGUGGGGUGGAGUUGGGGGAAGGCCCUCCCCCAUCCCUGUGCCCUGCAUCAAUGCCUCGACCUCUGUGUUUGCAGUUACGGGGGGCAGUGGUGGAGCUUGCACUCAGUCCCCGCCCAGCCCGGCCACCCAUGCCAAACACACUGUCACCUCCCCCCUCUGA